AUGCCCCUUCCUCCAUGGGUCUUCCUGCACCGCAACGUGCACUUCGUCGACGGGGAAGAAUUCACCGGAGGAGGUGCGGGCAACGCAGCAGCGCUAGCCGCAAUCGGCAAAUCGAGUGGAGAUCAGGCGAGUCUGGAAGAGGUAGUAGCUGCCCUGAAACCAAACCCGGUCGUCGCCGGCGAUCCCCCUGAAGUAGCCUCCUUGUCCAUGGUGCGGCAUCUGCCCAAACACCUGAUGCCGCGAGGGAUAGACGACGACGGCGGUACGGUCUCGAGCACCGACAAGGGCCUCGUCGUGAUCUACGCCGGCAUCAUCAAAGGGCUGGGUACCAGCGCGGCCGUCCUGCGGCUGCGCCACGGCGGCGGCGGCGGCGCCGACGACGGGGCCUACGUUCUCGCCGAGCUCGUCACCACGAUCUACCCGGGGCUCCCCGACGCCCACCUCUACCUGUGGUCGUCGUCAUCCAACCCGGACGGCGGCGGCGGCCCGUGGAGGCGGACGGCGGCGCGCCUCCCGCUCCCCGCCGAGCUGUGUGGGCUCACGCCCCUCUUCCACAUCGACAUGGUGUUCGCGCUUGGGGAUUCCUGCGUCUGCUGGGCUGAUCUCGCAGCAGGCGUCUUGAUCUGUGACCUGUUCGCGCCUCAAGGGCCCGAAUUCAGCUUCGUUCCGUUGCCGCCAGAGUGCUGCUCGUGCUCGUACACCCACGAGAAUACCCGGCGUACUCCUGUUCCAGAGGAGUUCCGUUCCAUGGGUUGUGUCUGUGGCGCCAUCAAGUUGGUGGCCAUGAUCGGCUACUCUGAAGGUCUGCCGAAAGCUGAGGUAAUACUCAAAACCUGGACAUUGUCGUCUGAUUUCAGGGAGUGGAAGGAAGGAGCAGCUGUGCUUGUGCGUGAUCUCUGGGAGAGCAAGAGUUUUCGUGACAAGGAGCUUCCACGUGGAUGGCCAAUGAACCCUGUCCUCAGCAUGAAUGAAGAUGAGAUCAUCUACAUUUCUCUGAGUGAUAUAGAGUUUGUUGAGGACUAUGAUUUCUACGGGCAGUAUACUGGGAGGCAACUGGUGCUCAAUGGCCAUUAUGUGCUGCGCCUUGACUUGCUGCGAAACGAGGUCCUGUACUCCAAAAAGAGCACUACAAACAGUUUGUCAUUGCUUAGGCCCAUUGUUCUUGCCAGCGACUUCAGCGCCUACCUACAUGGCCGAAAGGACAGCCAGAGAGGAAAAGAAGCAAGUGAUGAGGUGGGAACUACGGUGAAGCGCACCAAGUAUUGACUGAAUGGUCCUUGACUGUAGCAAGCGUGGUAGGAGCUGACAUGAAGACUGAAGCAAGCGUUGUAGGAGCUGACGUGAAGGCGACAGAAGUGCUGAAUGAACGAGAUCAAGACAGCUUAGAUUCUAUCGCUUGGUGGUUCUUACCUUUUGUGUUAUUUAGCUGGAUGACUAUCUAACCAUCAUAGGUUAGCAAUUAAACUGAGCAUCUAGGCUUCAUCUUCAACUAUCUUGCUAGGAUUUGAGUGUGUCAUGAGAUGAUGAGACUAUUUAUAUCCUAAUACUGGUACUGCAUAUUCUGUUGUAAAAUCGGGUUUGGCUUGUGGUUUCUUAGUGGCGUGUACUGCACGUUCUGUUGUGAAA